GUCAUAAUUAUGCCCAUGUCACUUGUCAGUAUGUUGAGGACAAUGAAUGGUCCAUAUCGCAGCAUGUUCAUGGAUUUGACCAAUAACAUCUAUCGUUAAGAGCACGGAGCUGUCACUCAUGGGCGCUGCCAUAUUGGUUUUGGGGCAAAUGAGACCGUACUGUACAUACAUGACGUACUGACUACUGUACGUACUGCAUGCACGUUGUCUUCAUUUCGUAAUUACGGAAGAGGGGCUCGUACUGACAGAAGUGUCACGUCGGAUCGCGUCUCAUAUUCCUAUUAAAAUAAUAAAAACUUUGACUCAAAAAUGCCAGGGAUUAUUUAUCCUCCUCCCCCGAAAAGUAGUAAACAACAGGGUGUUGCACGGACCCUUUUGUACAGUGGUUCCAAAUUUGAAGGCUACCAGAAGAGCAAGGGAAGUUCAUACGUCGUUGAGGUUGAACUACAGAAUGUGGAUGAAGAGAACAGCUACCUGUGCGGCUACCUGAAGAUCAGCGGUCUGACCAAUGAAUACCCGGAGCUGGUCACCUUCUUUGAAGGGGAGAUCAUCAGUGAGAAACACCCCUUCCUCACGAGGAAGUGGGACGCAGAUGAGGAGGUGGACAGAAAGCAUUGGGGUCAGUUUUUAUCCUUCUACCAGUAUGCCAAAACAUUUAACCAGGACACAUUUGACUAUGAAGCCCUGAACAAUACAGACUAUGUCUUCAUGAGGUGGAAAGAACGCUUCCUGGUGCCAGACCACACCAUCAAGGACAUCGACGGUGCAUCGUUUGCCGGCUUCUACUACAUCUGCUUCCAGAAAUCCACAUCACAAAUUGAAGGGUACUAUUACCACCGAAGCUCUGAAUGGUACCAGUCACUCAACCUGACUCAUGUCACCGAGCACAGCGUGCCAAUCUACGUGUUCCGGUGAGGUCGGCAAGACACCACCAAGUUUGUAUUAUUUGUACAGUUUAUAUAUAUUUUGGAUACAUUUUGCACCCACGGCACAGUUUCCGGGCCUGCAGUGGUGAGUGCUUUGAGAUUAUUUAUGAAAGAUAUGGAGAUUUUAAUGUGCACAAAAGUAAUUCACGAAAUUGAAUAGCAUUCAAGUGGGAGUUAGCAUUGCAGUGCCAAAAGCCUACGAUAUGUUUUAAGAGUGAGAGAAGCAAUUAGUUUAGAAUACAAGUUUUGAAUAGAAUUCCUUAAAGUUUGCAAUCAACUAUCUGAAUUCGGACCAGUAGACAGAAGGCAUGCAAACAUUACUCAAAAAAACCCAAUCCCGUCAGAAAUAUUUUAGAAAGAUUGUGCAUUGGUUGCAUCAUAUCUUUGUUGAUGAUAUUCUGUUUUAUAUUUCUAUGUCUAUAGUUUUACGGAAUGUUACCAUCAUACAGUUGGUGCCCAGAAUCCCUAUUCGUGGAGGAAAAAAAAUUACUUGUGCAAAAAGUUGUGCAGUUCUUCAAAUUUGAUUGUACAUCACUUUUCUUGUAGACUUGGGUGUUUAUUCCAUAAUGUAAUUCUCUCAACACAAAAACUGCACUGCUAAUCUAGCAUGCUUAUUGAGAGCCAUGUACACUGUACAUAAAUGAAACUUGAACAUGAGGAGUUGUCAGUGUCAUGAAGUGACAAACAAGACGUCGCAAAAGAGCUUACAAUGUGGUGCAGUUUUAUCUUUUGUCAGUGAAACUCAAGCAGCAUUUUCAAAAAUUCUUUAGAAACAGAAACUUUGGCCUCUGACCCAUAUGCCCAAUGCAUGACCCUUAGGUCUGACAAACUUAGUGUGCACAUGUAUGUUGACCCUGCCUAGAAUGGCUAACGAGGUGAUUCAGUAAGGACAAAAACGUAUCAUUACUGAGAAUAGUCCCCCUAUACUUUGUUUUAUUUAUUAAUAAUAAUUUGUAAAAUUCAUAAUUUUAGAAUUUAUAAUAUGCUAUUUCUAUUUUUAAUUACUAUCAAUUUGUGUCAUGAGCGAUAAGAAUGUUCAUAAAUACAUUUUGGGUAAAACACAGAAAUGCUACUGAAAGGACCACAUGGCAUUUACAUCCAUACCGAGAGUGGCAUUUUGCGAUUAGCUGACCAUCAAAUGCCUUGUGUUGCACUAGAAUGGCUACAUGCUGACUGACUCAAUACCUAGACUGAGUUGUAGAAUUUUAACACCAUUCACAAUUUUGAACAGAAUGUUUUCAACAGCAGUUUGUCUUCACUGUGUGUUUUGCCUUCAGGUGUUUAUGAAAUGCUCAAAAGUGUUUCUGAUCACAGCAUGUACAGAUUUCAAUCCACAGCUUGUGUGGCAUGUCACAGACAUUGACUCCUUGGAAACAAGGUUUGAUAUCUGAUACACCAAUGAGACUUUUGUGUACGACAGACAUAGCAUGGGAUUUCUUUAAAGGAAAAUCUUAAAAUGCAUGUACAGUUGAACACAAGGCCAUAUUUCUAACAAAGACAAUUUGAGGUCCCAAGUCUUUGUUUUCCAUGACUGAUAAUACAAGGUAACUGUUAUAACAAGGUAGUUUGUGAAGUCCCAAGGACCUUGUUGGAACAGCGUUCCACUGCAGACUUUUUGCGAUGGUCCUUUAAAAUGCACAGCCACUCCUUCCCUCUACACGUCAUCGUCAAAGGUAGAGUGUUGAAAAAAGGAGUAAGUCUGCGUAGAUUGGUGGGCAUGUCUGGGAUCACAAAAUGUCAGUGGCCCUUGAUGGCCUGCUUGGGAGAAUCUUUGAAGGGUGCAUCGCCUGUGUGCAAUGAUUUGCUGCCUACUCAAUUUUCAAUUGAAUGUACACAAACCGAUGUCUUUACAAGAGAGUGGCUGGUACAUUGUGAGCACGAGUAGAGCAAAGAUGUACAUGCAGCUAAAAAGUACAUGUAUCCUUCAGUUAGACUAGAAUAUUAACCACUUCCUGCUGGGGACUCCGG